UCCUGCAGUAAUUUGGGAGCUCAUCUGUAUGGGAAAGGUGUUGCAGCGAGCCAUUACUAUGCUGAGCCUGCACCUGCCAGCCCUGCAAGUUCACAGAAAAGGAGACUUCUAGCCCAAACUCAAGGACCAGAACAAAAAGUGAUGGGACAUUAACUCCAGCCUCCGGAUCAACAAGAAAAACCUACCACGUCUUGUGUUACAGGCGGAGCUGAAGAUGUGCUCUCUGUGCAUUACAGCAGGGCACAAACGGUGGAGUUAAGUAGCAAAAGUUAUUUUAAUAUCUUCUGAGCUCACGCAAGACAACAGAUUAGUCCUUGGCUGGGAGUAUAAUUAGCCAGCAGAAGGAGAUUUGUGACGACCUGCUGCCUGCCUGUGAGUCUCUUAGACCUCCUCUGAGGACCCCGCAAUGAGUGCCACUCUUUUGUGGGCUUACCUUGAAGCUCCAAGGACUCCAUAAGACCGCUUGGUCUGUGCAGCUCUGCCUGUGCUCCAGUGUCGGACAUCGUGGAUGUGUUACAGCCAAGCCUCCGCCGUGUUGCUGCAGGAAAGCUUUGUUCCCAUGUCUCUCCACGGAUUGCUCAGGGAAGGACAAGAAGCUCCUUACCGGAUAUUUGCUCGUCUCAGCCAGCUUCUUCACAGUCUCUCUGCUACUGUGCUCGGCUCCCUGCCCAAAAGCAGCAGAAUAUACUCCUGGAAAGAAUGGACAGAUGAAAUCAUGCAGCAAGAGAGCAGCCCCCUGUGUGCUGUGGAUAUUGAGGAUGACCUGAAAAAACAGUUUGCCUACUUGUCAGGAGGCAGAGGGGAGAACAACAGUCCUAUCAUCACUUUUCCUGAAUACCCGACCUUCAAUGAAAUCCAGGAGAAGGAAUUCCACAAUGUCCUGACUUACCUCACCAGCAUUCCCAGCCUCCAGGCUGCUGGGGUCGGGUUUAUCCUCGUCAUUGAUCGCCGCCAGGACAAAUGGACCUCUGUGAAAGGCACCCUGCUGCGAAUCGCGGGCUCAUUCCCAGGAAACCUGCAGCUCGUUCUGGUUCUCCGUCCCACCACACUGCUCCAGCGGACACUCUCUGACAUCUUUUUCAAGUUCAGCAAAGAUGAGUUUAAAAUGAAGGUUCCAGUCAUCAUGCUGAGCUCAAUAACAGAACUGCACAGCUACAUGGACAGAGCCCAGCUGACCCAGGAGCUCGGAGGCACUCUGGACUACAGUCACGAGAAGUGGAUUUCCCAUCGCACAGCUAUCGAAGGUUUUGCUCUGAUGGUGAAGAAGACGGCUCAGACACUUCAGUCUUUUGGGACAGAAUUGGCAGAGACUGAACUACCGAAUGAUGUCCAGGCCACUACAAACCUUCUUGCAACACACACAGGAAAGAAAGAUAAGAUGAAAGAGGAUUUACAGAUAGCCCUAAAUCAAGGAAACAGGCUUCUGGAAAGCAUUAAUGAACCAGUUACAAAGGAUCCUGACUAUAAGAUGAACCAAGAUGAGCUGGAGAACCUAACUACGGUACAGAGGCUGCUCUCCCAGCUAGAUGAGACGGAGACGGCGUUCGACGAGUUCUGGGAAAAGCACCACACCAAGCUGGAGCAGUGUCGACAGCUCAGGCUCUUCGAGCAGAGUUUCCGGGAGGUGAAGGCACAGCUAGACUUCCUGUCGGAACGCCUGGAGACGAUCUCGGAUGUUGGAGACAGCCCUGUGCACGUGGAGCAUGUUCUUCGAGACCUGGGCAGCUACGAGGAGAAAGCAUGUGAGAUUCUGGAUUGGGCAAAGGAUCUGGCGUGUCAGGGCGACCUGCUAAUCCAGAGCAAUCACUAUGCUGUGGACUCAAUCCUGCCCAAGUGCAGUGAGCUGAGGAGUGUGACCGAAGAGCUGGCCGCCGAGAUGAAGAUGAAGAAAAUCCGGCUUCACAAGUCAAUGGAGCUGCACCAGACUCUUGAAAAGGCUGCAAAGUGGUGUGAUGAUGGCAUCUACCUGCUGGCCUCCCAGCCUGUGGACAAGUGCCAGUCCCAGGAUGGAGCCGAGUCCGCGCUGCAGGAGAUCGAGCGAUUCCUCGAGUCCACUGCGCAGCACGGGCUCCCAGACCUCGGCGCGGUCUGGAGAGAGUACGAGUCCGUCCUCAACCAGGAAUUUCGGGACCAUGUCCAGAGAGUGUUCCAGAAACAGGAGGGGAUGCAGGAGAUGUUUGAGAAGCGCCGGGUGAGCCUGAAGAAACUGGCAGCAAAGCAGACCCGCCCUGUCCAGCCAGUGGCUCCCCGGCCUGAGGCCUUCCUGAAGUCUCCUCACACGUCCCCAGGAUAUUCCAGAGGCACUGAAAAGACCUUCUCUUUAGACAGUGAUGCCCUACAAAGACUCAACAGUAGAACGGGCAGCAGUCAAAUAAACAGUGGGGGCCGGCAUGACUCUCUUUCCGAAGAAGAGGAGAAUCUGGCUGUGCUGAGGAGGCAUGUGAUGAAUGAGCUGCUGGAAACCGAGAGGGCGUAUGUAGAAGAGCUACUGUGUGUGCUGGAGGGGUACGCGGCCGAGAUGGACAACCCACUGAUGAUGCAUCUGAUGCCAGCGGCACUGCUGAACAAGAAGGAUGUUCUCUUUGGAAACAUGACCGAAAUCUACGAGUUUCACAAACGGAUAUUUCUCAGAGAACUGGAGAAUUACACGGACUAUCCUGAACUUGUAGGGAGGUGUUUCAUCAAGAGGAUGAAAGAUUUGCAGAUUUACGAGAAGUACUGUCAGAACAAGCCCCGGUCUGAAAGCUUGUGGAGACAGUGCUCCGAUUGUGCCUUCUUUCAGGAGUGCCAGAAAAAACUGGAACAUAAAUUAGGUUUGGAUUCAUACUUACUGAAACCUGUUCAAAGGAUAACAAAAUAUCAGCUGUUAUUAAAGGAACUUUUGAAGUACAGUAAGAACUGUGAGGGAGCAGAAGAUCUGCAGGAUGCCCUGGCAGCCAUACUGGGCAUCUUGAAGGCCGUCAAUGACUCUAUGCACCUCAUCGCCAUCACGGGAUAUGAGGGUAACCUUGGUGAGCUUGGCAAGCUGCUGAUGCAGGGCUCCUUCAACGUGUGGACGGAGCACAAGAAGGGCCACUCAAAAGUGAAGGACCUGGCGCGCUUCAAGCCCAUGCAGAGGCACCUCUUCCUGCACGAGAAGGCCUUGCUGUUCUGUAAGAAGAGGGAGGAGAACGGGGAGGGCUACGAAAAAGCUCCUUCCUACAGCUUCAAGCAUUCCUUAAACAUGAGUGCCGUAGGAAUCACAGAAAAUGCGAAGGGAGACAAUAAAAAAUUUGAAAUCUGGUGCAACGCGAGAGAAGAAGUUUACAUCGUGCAGGCUCCUACUCCAGAAAUCAAAACUGCAUGGGUAAAUGAAAUCAGAAAAGUGCUAACUGGACAAUUGAAGGCCUACAGGGCAUACAAAGAUGUAGUCCUGCCGUGUAUAAAAGCGAGGCAGAACAGAACGUCAGAUCCGGCAUCUCCAAGUUCAGCAGUUCCCACUGCUGGGAGCUCAAGUCCUUUAAAGAGCAAUCUGAAAAGUGUGAGGAAAGGUGAGGAGAAAAAGGGUGAGCCUACCACCCCUGAUGGCUGUUUGAAUUCUUUGUCAUCUCCCAGGUAUAUGGAGAAAGGAAAAGAUGAUGCGGCAACUAGCCCUACUUCAGAGCGUUCUGCGGUCGCUAAAAAACGCUUUACUUUACAGGGCUUCAGCAACCUAAAGAGCCAGAAAGAGUCUCCGCUUCCUACUGUUAAAAGUCGAACAUUACCAAUGGCACUGCUCUCACAACCAGGAUCUCCUACUAGCCCUGACAAUAAGACAAAACGGCACGAGAUAAAGAGUGACCCCACUCCGUUUGGCUUUAGAGGCUGGGCCAAGCAGUCCCAUUCCCUGGACGUGGCGGGUGAAAAUGAUGGCUACUCCAGUGGGGAAGAUCCACUGAACUCCUCUGACGCAGAGGAAGAGGGAGGCAAAAAACUGACUCCUGGUAAAUACACUGUAGUAGCUGAUUAUGACAAAGGAGGGGCAGAAGAGCUCGCCGUUAAGAGUGGAGAAGUGGUACAGCUGAUUCGUGAGGGAGAAGAUGGCCAGUGGUUAGUUCGGAACCUGAACACAGCAAAAGAGGGAUGGGUACCCGCUGCUAACUUGCUGAAUUUGAUCGGAGACUCAAAGUCAUCUCAGUCUCUGAGCAGCUCAGAGUCGGGGAGUGGCUCCAGUAACCUGAGUGCCUCUUCCAGCUGCAGUGAGACCUACACUCCCAGCACCACCAGCUUCUCUGACAUCAAAGGCUGAACAUCGCUGACCUCCAGCUCUCAUUGACAUUUCUUGCCAGGCUUUUAUUUUCUCCCACUUUGAAAUUCAGUUCACUGGAAGGAGGGGUACACUGGAGUUUGUUUGUUUUUGUUUUUUUUUACAGUUUCAUUCCCUUUCGAACUACCAAACCCCAAAUGUUGGACUUUGUUUUGGAGAUUCAGCACAAUCAGGCCACACAAAACCGUCAUCCCCCAAGCACAUAAUUCAGGCUCUGUCUGUUCAUGAAGCUUGGCUUCUGUUAAAAAAUUAUUCGAUUAUUAAUUAUAAUAGAGGUUAUUCUAAUCUCUAUUUACAAUAUGGUUUACUGUUAUAGACAUCAUUAUGGACUUUUGCUGUUUUGGUUUGUUUUAUAAUUGCAGGAGUAAAACAAUCCUCCAAGAGACAAAUUUCCUGAAGGAUGUAAGAUAUGCUGUAUAUGGAUCUAUGUUUAUGUUUGCUCUGCAAUCUUAUUUUUAAAAUGCAAGCCUUAUACUUAAGCCAUUCCAGUCAAGACUAUCUCCCACUGUGUCUAUUUCUGUGCCAGAGCUUCUGUUUCUGAGUCACUGCUCUAUAAGGUCUAUAAGUAGCACUAAAUGAAUUUAACUACAGAGUUUAGCUUUAAUUAGAUAUUUUUGUGGUUCUGCAAACUUUUGCAUGAAAAGACCUUCAGAGGCUAAGGCUGUUUACAAAGUAUUACUGUUUCAUACCUUCUUGAUACAGUGUUGACUUUCUUUUGAUAUCUCAUGCACAGAAACCCAGCCAUACUGAUGUCCAGGAAUCUCCAACCAUUUCUAGUCAUCAGUAAGAAGUUGUCAAGUCUCAACAUUUGCUGCUUACAUAGAGCUUUAUUGAAAAUGAAUAGGGGAUAAAACUUUGUUACAACUUUGAAACAGAUGAAUACAUCUAUUUAUUUCUUGUAAAAGAGAGAAUAAUGUUUAAGUGAAGUUUGUAUAAAAUGUAAUGUUAUUUUUUUCAAAAACAUUGUACAUAAGGGACAUUAAAAUGAUGAGUACUUGUAAACCAUGGUCUUAUAUGGCUUAUAAAAACUAUACUGUAUCAUUGCAUUCCUAUGUCCACAUUGUAUUGUGUAUAUAUAUAUGUAAAUGAAUGUUAAUGUACUAAGAUUAGACUAUUAUUUCAUCAGAUGUCUGUAUCCAGAUAUGACCCAAUAUACUUUAGCAUUCAUAGAAUGACCUUGAUCUAUGAUGGAAAGCAGAUAUGUGGAUUUCAAAUGAAAAUAAAGCUUAUUCUAAGGGCAGUCCUAAAAUAAUAAAAUAUUGAUGAACUUUGUACUUAAAUGUAAUCAAUCAUAAUUUAAGAAACAUUUUUAAUGAAGUGGCUAAAAUAUGGGUUGGAGAAUAACUUGGUUUGACUAGAGUUUGUGUGCAGUGACAAAAUGUAACAUAUAUAUAUAUAAAGGCAUCAACCCAAAGGUCACUGAAUUGCACAACUGUGUCUAAAUCCUUGGAAGUUUAUAAGAAAAUUAUGUACAUGUACAGUGUUAGUUUCUGAUGCAUCUUAGAAGUUCAUUCUUAAAGUGUGAUUUAAAUCCUACUCUUGGGAUUGUUAUCUGAUGUAUGUUUUACAUUCAUGAACCUUUGGACAGCCAUUUCAAACCACUGCUCAACAAGCCAUUCAGAAUUAUAGUGUGUGGUGUUUUCUGCCAUUGUUAUACUGCCAUUUGGUCUCAGUGGACAUGUAAGGAAAAAAACUAUUUAUUUCGGGGAUAUUCUGUAAAGCUGGAGGUACACAAUCAAUUUGAAAGUUGCUUUGACAGUUCUAACUGACUGUCGUCACUUACUGACAAAAGAUUCCAUGAAAUGUUACUGAUAAUACAUCUAUUUUCAUUCAUUCACAGUUCUCAUGUACACAGAGGUGAGUGUUCAGUCAUUUAUGUUUUGUUAAAUCAUCCAAAAAGAGGAAGUACAGCUGCAGACAAGCUGAUGCAUAAGGAAACUUUUUAUCUGACAAAUAUUUAUGGGAUGUGAGAUCUGGAAAGCAUAAAGACUGCAAUAAAAGACCCAUCUGAAGACUUAACGUUUGAAGAAAAUAAUGGCCAAGUUACAAGGGAAAGUGAUACUCCCCACAUUAUCUGUAAACUACCGUAUGUAUUUGUUGUUUACAUAUUUUAAGACUCUUUCAUUUACUGUAGCAGCUGCCGGAACAUUUUCUAUAGGCAUCUGACAUCAGUUAUCCUAUCUAUAUGCAAGAUUUGGCAACGGUAAUUUGGUCAUAUUAUUUUGUCAGAAAUUAUGAAAAACUUGCUUGUGUAUCUCUAGCCAAAGAUAAUGUACUUUUUAUUUGCACUCCAAGUUAAUAUGAUACUGAUUUUACUGUUUAUUGCACUUUAUGCAGCACAUUGCGGCACAUUUCUUUUUUUAUGGUAAUUGAAUGAAAAUGUCAGAAGUCCUUAUAACUGUAUGAAAACAAAUGACUUGAAUAAAAUACUUUGAGACGUAC